AUGGAAGGCGCUGACAUUGUCGAGUCGCCGCGCAAGCGUCUCAAGACCGAGAACGCUGUUUCUACGGAAGAUGUUGUACUCCCUCCCUCCAGUGCGCCAGUUGCGGAGACCAAGAUCUCCGACAGCGAUGCGCAGGCAUUGAAGGAAGCCGAAGUUGGUAUCACCGAGUUUGUCAGCGCGGAAAACGAGGGUUUCUCUGGAGUGUUGAAGAAAAGAUACACCGAUUUCCUCGUCAAUGAGAUUCUUCCCUCCGGUGAAGUUCUGCAUCUCCGCAAUCUCAAACCAACCGUCACCCCCGCUGAAGCGACGAAGAAUGGCGAGGCUGAAUCGAAGCCAGAGACACCUGCAACCACUGCACAGGCUGCGGAGACAGCACCGGUAACGGACAACGCUGCGCCGACCGCCGCGGAGGAAACCCCCGUUGCAGACUUCCAGCUUUCGGAGGAAGAUAAGGCGCUUUUGGAAUCAUUCUUUGGCGCCGAAGCAACUGAACGGAUCUUGGCGCUGCACACCCGUGCCAUGGCUAAUCCUAAAUCCAGACCGAAUGAAUUGGGCAGAGUCAACACCAUGAUCGUCAGCGAUCGCGACCUGCGCAUCAAGAUUCACCAAGCCAUACGCCGCAUCUUCAACUCUCAGCUCGAGUCGACGACGGAUAGCGAAGGCAUGAUGUGCAUCUCGGCCGCGCCGAAUCGAAACAAGCGCAACACUCAAGGCGGACGAGGUGGAGGGCGCGACCGUGGCCGGCUCAACUGGGACGAGCUGGGAGGCCCCUAUCUCCAUUUCACGGUCUACAAGGAGAACAAGGAUACUAUGGAAGUCAUUUCCUUCCUUGCGCGCCAGAUGAAGAUGGCCCCUCGGAGUUUCCAGUUUGCUGGUACCAAGGACCGACGUGGAGUGACAGUGCAGAGAGCGUGCGUGACCCGUGUGUUUGCUGACCGGCUCGCCAAGCUCAAUCCUACUCUGCGCAAUGCGGCCAUUGGCGACUACGAAUAUCGCCGAGUUGGUCUCGAGCUGGGGGACCUCAAGGGAAACGAGUUUGUUGUCACCCUCCGUGAAUGCGACAUUCCUGGAAUUGAUCUUCAGGACCGCGAGGCGGCUGUCACCAAAGCCAAGGAGUUUGUAGGAACGGCUCUGCGAAACCUCCGCGAACGGGGCUACUUCAACUACUACGGACUGCAGCGCUUCGGCACCUUUGCGACCCGCACGGACACCAUCGGUGUGAAGAUGCUGCAGGAAGACUUCAAGGGCGCCUGCGACGCGAUCAUGCACUACAGCCCGCAUGUCCUCGCCGCAGCCCAGGAGGGCGAGAACUCCACCGCCAUGAUUGGCACGGAUGACAAGGCUCGUGCAGAGGCAAUCCACCUCUUCCAGACGACCGGCCAAGUGAGUGAAGCCGUGGAGAAACUGCCCCGGAAAUUCUCGGCGGAGAACAACCUGAUCCGGCACCUGGGUCGCUCCAAGAACGACUACCUCGGCGCGCUACAGACCAUCCCGCGCAACCUGCGCCUGAUGUACGUGCACGCCUACCAGUCACUGGUGUGGAACUUCGCGGUCGGCGAGCGCUGGCGUCUUUACGGCGACAAAGUGGUCGAGGGCGACCUCGUGCUCAUCCACGAGCACCGCGAGAAGACCGAGACGGGCGGGGCCGAGGCAAACAGCGGCGUCGACGCAGACGGCGAGGUCAUCAUCGUCCCCUCCGCGGAGGACAGCGCCUACUCCGCCGAAGACAUGUUCGAGCGGGCGCGCGCCCUCACGGCCGAGGAAGCCGCCAGCGGCAAGUACAGCAUCUUCGACAUCGUGCUCCCGCUUCCCGGCUUCGACGUCGUCUACCCGGCGAACGCGAUGACGGACUUCUACAAGCGCUUCAUGGGCAGCGAGCAAGGCGGCGGUCUCGACCCCUUCGACAUGCGCCGCAAGUGGAAGGACAUCAGCCUCAGCGGCAGCUACCGCAAGGUCCUCAGCCGCAUGGGCACGGACUACGCGGUCGACGUGAAGCUCUACUCGCAGGACGACGAGCAGUUCGUGCAGACGGACCUGGACCAGCUCAAGGGGAAGGCGGCGGACUCGGCUUCUGGAUCGGGCGCCGAGGCCGGCGACAAGAUCGCCGUGGUGCUCAAGUUCCAGCUUGGUUCGAGCCAGUAUGCCACCAUGGCUCUGAGAGAGCUGAUGCGGGGCAAGGUGGUGGCUUACAAGCCGGAUUUUGGGGGCGGACGAUCAUCCGCCUAA